AUGAUGCAACUCCGUCAAGCCCUAAACUCGAAGGGAUUCUCAGUUACAGUUGCUCAAGGGGUCUUCCAUCAUCAAGUAAGCUUUUCGGAAGACUUCCCUGAGUUUCACUUUGUCACCAUUCCAAAGAGCUUACCGGAGUCUGAUUUCAAGAAUCUCGGACCAGUAGCAGAGAGUGUUAGGUGGCCUUCAAGGAAACCUAAAGGACAAGAAGACGAGCUAGUGCCAGAGUUUCAUCCCCUACGAUACAAAGACUUUCCGGUUUCACGUUGGGCAUCUUUAGAAAGCAUAACGGAGCUGUACCGGAAUAUAGUUGACAAACGGACAGCUUCCUCUGUGAUAAUCAACACGGCAAGCUGUCUAGAGAGCUCAUCUCUUUCUCGGCUACAACAAGAACGACUAGAAAUUCCUGUUUAUCCAGUAGGCCCACUUCACAUGAUGGCCUCAGCUCCUACAAGUCUGCUUAAAGAGGACAACAGCUGUAUAACAUGGUUGAGCAAGCAAAAGGUAAACUCGGUGAUAUACAUAAGCUUGGGAAGCUUAGCUUUGAUGGAAAUUAUAGAGGUGAUUGAAAUAGCUUCAGGACUGGCUGCUUGCGGAUAA